GCAGCAGCAGUGCGGGGGGCCGCGGCGAGGCCCUGAGGGCUGCGGGAGUGACCCGGGGCCCGGCCCCUGACCGCAGGCUCACCCCAUGCCAGCCUCCCCCUCCGACAGGCAUCCCGGGCCCUGCCUUCGGCCGUGCCGGAGCGCAGCGAGACCCACGCGGCGCGCCCCGGCCUGAGGUGGGCUUGGCACUGCCCCGGCGCGGAUGACAGCGCUCCGAGCGGCCUCCCCGGAGGAUGGAAGAGAAAAGAAUGCUGCGCGACUUCUUUGAAGAGGAGCACCUUACCAGUUCCAGGGAGGAGAGCAUUAAAGGUGAUUUGAAAACGUUUUGGACGCAAUUGGGAAGUAGAAGAGUGGAUGUCAUAUUUGAGCAGGUGCAAAAUGUGCUGCUGUUGCUAAAGGAAAAGAUCAAGAAUGGAACUGCCACAAACCAAGAAUGCUGGCAGGCUUGGGCACUGGUGAAUGAAGCUAAUCUAAGUGAUCUCUUAACUUUGACAAACGUAAGUGAUGGGUUUGAUGGAGAUAGAGUACAGGAAACCAAACCCAAAUUGCAGCAUCUUCUUGCAGAUGACAACACUGCAAAUGCUGUAGAAGGUUCUGACAGUAACAGGAAAGAGGAGAUGGAAAGAACAUGGUCAGGGACUGAAAAAGCAUCUAGCAAAAUUCAACACUUACCCUUAAACCUACAGUAUCAGAACCACAAGUGCUCUAGUGCAUGUCUUGCCAAGGGAGCAGCAGGCUCCUACAAGGGUGAAAACCCUCUGAAGAUACCAAUCCUGUUUCACUUCCAAAGACGGCAUGCAAAAGCAGACUGCCUUUCAAAAUCCCUGGAUGUGAAUUACAAAGCUCCUUGCGGUCGGAGUCUGAGAAGCUUUCGAGAUGUGCAAAAUUAUUUGUUUGAAACAAAGUGCAAUUUCUUAUUUGUUGAUCACUUUUCCUUCAACACAUAUGUACUGUUGGGCAGGAACACCAUGAAUCCUGAACCUCUUGUGUUCGACUUUGAUAUUAGCAACGGAGCCGAGUCUGUGCCCAUCUCCUUCUGUAACAAUCUUGACCACGCAAGGUUACCUUAUUUCAAAUAUCGGAAGUCAUCAUGGCCACGUGGAUAUUAUCUCAACAACUUCUCCAGCCUGUUUGUGGAUUCAUGUGACUGCACAGAUGGCUGCAUUGAUAGGUCAAAAUGUGCAUGCCUACAGCUAACUGCAAGAGGCUGUAGUAAAACCUCUCUAUCUUUGGGUAGUAAAAGAUGCCGUGGAUACCAUUACAAAAGACUGGAGGGACCUGUUCCUAGUGGAAUUUACGAGUGCAGUGUGUUGUGCAGGUGUGAUAAGUUGAUGUGUCAGAACAGAGUUGUACAGCAUGGCAUUCAAGUCAGGUUGCAAGUUUUCAACACUGAAAAGAAAGGCUGGGGCGUCCGCUGCCUGGAUGAUAUCGACAAGGGGACAUUUGUUUGUACCUACUCAGGCAGAUUAAUGAGCAGAGCUGAAGUAUUGGGAGAUGCUGAUCAAGAGCUGAAAGAAAAGAGUGCUGUGAAUGACAGAAACCAUGGGUUUUUUUCCAAAAAAAGAAAACUUGACACUGAUUGUUCAGAUUCAGUCAUUGAACUAGUGCAGACUGGUAAACAUGACAUUCUUGAGAAUCAGGAAUCUUUGUCUCAAACUGUGCAUAGUGAAAAUAAAUCAACCCUGGUUCAUCCAAAGAACUUGAAUAUUGCAACCACAAGGCCUGGAAGAACAGGUUUUUUUCACAAUCACCGGCUAAAAAUGGUGCACAGUGCCAGCUCAGAUGAAGAUAAUAGUUCUCAGAUUCAUCAGUCAAGCAAAACAAAAGUAAACAGUGGAACAAAGAAAGGAAAAGAAAAAUCCACCCAGGAGCAGAAGGAAGACCAUCAGAUGGAAAUUGGACAGACCGAGUCUGUUGGUGUGGACAGUGCGGGAUACAAAAGAAAGAGUCUGUCGCUGCAGGGUGUUGAUUGUGGCAAGUCAAGUGUGCUGGAUGACACAUGUGUUGCGAGGCCAUCCAAUAAUAUACCCCUAAAAACUGACUGCAAAGAGGAAAAUAGCAGGCAGUCAAGUCAAGAUGCAGUUUGUGAGGAGGCUGAUGGAGAUGGGAUGCUUCCGAAGAAUGCUUCUAAAGAAAAUAUUUAUGUACUGGAUGCCACAAAAGAAGGAAAUGUGGGUCGUUUUCUAAAUCACAGCUGCUGCCCAAAUCUCUUUGCACAAAGCGUGUUUGUAGAGACUCACAACAGAAGUUUUCCAUGGGUGGCAUUCUUCACAAACAGACAUGUGAAAGCUGGAACUGAACUCACGUGGGAUUAUGGCUAUGAAGCUGGAAGCAUGCCAGAGACAGAGAUUUCCUGUCAGUGUGGAGUUCAGAAGUGCAGGAAAAAAAUCUUAUUACAUCAACUGCUUUGUGCUUUGUCCCAAUUUUUUCCUGCUCUAGGUGCUUUCUGGAUAAUGGCGAAGAUGGUGAGAAGAACAUGUGCAUUUUGUUCAGAAGGGGCGGCUGGUUCUGUAAUGUAUAUUGCCAAAGAGAGCGAUAUUGCAGCUCAUCAGGAUUGUCUGUUAUUUUCCUCAGGAUUUGUGGAAUCUGAAGAAUAUAACCCAGAAAAUCUGGAUAUAAGGUUUGAUGUGGCAUCAGUGUUGAAAGAGCUCAGGAGAGGAAAGCGGCUGGUGUGCAACUUCUGCCGCAAGAAAGGAGCCACUGUGGGCUGUGAGGAGAGAGCCUGCCGCAGGAGCUACCACUACUUCUGUGCGCUCUGCGACGACGCAGCCAUAGAAACCGACCAAGUGAAGGGAGUCUACCGAGUGUUCUGCCCAAAACAUGACCCAAGCAAUAGGACCAGUCACUAUGGUGCAGCUAAUAAGAAGAGAAGAUAUACAUUGACAUCUGCCAUCGCAGAAGAAAUGAAAACAGAAGAGAAAGCAGAAGAAAACCAUUUCCAAACACUAAAAAGAAAAAACAACAGGCAUAAAGUCCAGAUAGACCUUGUCAGGAAAUGCAAACAAGCUGGGCUUCUAGAUGACAUAUUUGAAGAAAUGCUGGACACACUUCACCUGGCACAGGAAAAACUAAUGGAUGACAACACUUCAGAAACAGAAUAUGAGGAGACAGUAAUGGCACUGUUUGACUGUGGACUGUUUGAAAAUAUACUGACAAAUAUUCAUUCAGGAGAAUGGAAGCAACAGAGAGAAGCAGAAAUGCAAUCAGGCAGAGCUUUGCAAAUAAGGAACAGAAGAAAAAAUACAAGAACUUCUAGAAAACAGAAAAAGACUGGAUCACAAGAUAGAGCUACUGCAGGACUUAAAAGAAGUCCUUCCUACCCCGGAGAGCACAGCCAGUACAUCUAGUGUGGUGUCUGAAUAACGGUGAAGUCUGUCUGUAAUGGUGUAAAUAUUUAGGAUUUUCUAAUGAUAGAAACCCUAGAGCACAUCUGGUUCAUGUCUAAGUAAUUUCCCACUCCCAAGACUGGGACAUAAACAAGAACUGGGUCCCAUACUCAUUUUUAUACCUCAAUGGUGCAAUAAUUUUAAGUUUUUAAAAUUAUCAAAUCUUCAUCUUCAAACCUUAUUAUGUAGUACAUCAGUGUUAUACGCUAAAUUUAGCUUUUUUAAACCCUACAGUGAAGACUUUUUGCUCCAAGACAAGGGAACAUCAGAUGCAACAGAACACUUGUUAAAGUCACUUUAACUGUGGAGCCCUCUCGUGGCUGUGCCAUAGCUGCUUCACUGUCUGUGUCUAGACAGUGAUGUUUUCAGGAUCAUAUUGGUGCUUUGGCUUUCCAAAGAAGAUAAAUGAGCAGAACUUGCACUUAAGGAAGCCUUCUGAAUGUUGAACAGGACUUGAAUUAAAAAACCCAAGUUAUUCUUGUUUGACUGGUCAAUGUGUAACUAGUUCUGCUGUAAUGGCAGUGGCGAUACAGUUUUUACAGGCAGACCAAAAACAGUUGGGCAUUAUCAUCAGAAUAUGUACAAUGUCAAAGGGAUCAAACAGUGGUCUGGGUCUUUCUUUUCUCCAUUACGAAAGGAUGCAACUUCCCUCUGUUUUGCCUUUAAAAAGUUGUUUGAAUACAGAAAAGCAUUGUUUAGCCACAAAAGGCUAAGUUAACAAAAUAAAACAUUUUUUAAAAAAGCU